UCUAACAAUCGUUGCUGACGGAAUCAGCUGACUGACAGUUACCAGACGUCACUGACUUUUUUGACCUUGAUGUUGUUGUGAAAAAAUACAAAUACAAACUAUUUUGUUGUGAGUGUGUGUGUUUAGUUAGCUCAUCAAAAUGGAGCCAAAUGUAAACAUGGAAAGGCAAGGCAGUUGCUUGCUUCUUCGUUCUGCUAGUCAAAAUUCGUUAGAUGAAAGUUCGCAGAAACACAUUUCUCAAAUUCACCCUCACACCAAGGAAAGGCCACCAUAUAAGAACCAUCUGCAUACUCAGAAGGCUUUCGAUGUCAUGAACGUAAUGAGAAAACAGAAAUUGUUGUACGACGUAGUUUUGGUUGCUGGAGAUGCAGAGAUACCAGCACACAAGAUGGUGUUAUCAGCCUGUUCACCCUAUUUCUUCGCAAUGUUUUCUAGUUUCGAAGAAAGCAGACAGGAUAGGAUAGUGUUGCAAGAAGUGGACCAACAGGCUUUGUUACUUUUAAUAGAAUAUGUAUAUACAUCUGAAGUUAGUGUUACUGAGGACAAUGUGCAAGUUUUACUUCCAGCAGCUAAUCUACUGCAACUUACUGAUGUCCGUGAUGCUUGUUGUGAUUUUUUACAAGCACAGUUACAUCCAACGAAUUGUUUAGGCAUUAGGGCUUUCGCUGAUUUACACGGUUGUUUAGAACUAUUAUCCCAUGCCGAAUCCUAUAUAGAACUCCACUUUUCAGAAGUAGUAGAAUGUGAAGAGUUCCUUACUUUAUCCCAUCUACAAGUUUCUAAACUUAUCAGCAGCGAUAGGCUUACAGUUCCUUCUGAAGAAAAGGUUUUUGAGUGUGUUGUGGCUUGGGUACAGCAUGAUUUGGAAGUAAGAAGAAAAAAUCUUUCUUCUUUAAUGGAGUAUGUAAGAUUACCUCUGAUGUCACAAGAGUAUUUAGUGCAGAGUGUGGAAGAAGAGCCUCUACUUAAAACUGAUCUGCAGUGCAAAGAUUUUAUAAUAGAAGCUUUGAAGUAUCAUUUGCUGAAAGGGGACAAUAAGACUUCUUUUAGGACUCCUAGGACCAAACCUAGACAACCUGUGGGUCUACCCAAAGUCCUUUUAGUAGUCGGCGGUCAAGCCCCUAAAGCCAUCCGAAGUGUGGAAUCGUACGAUUUUAAAGAAGAACGUUGGUACCAAGUAGCCGAAAUGCCGACGAGACGAUGCAGGGCAGGACUAGCCGUUUUGGGCGGUAAAGUAUACGCCGUCGGCGGCUUCAAUGGAUCUCUUCGAGUAAAAACCGUCGAUGUUUACGAUCCCGCCUUGGAUGUGUGGACGAGCUGCGACAGUAUGGAAGCCAGACGGUCUACUCUAGGCGUUGCUGUGUUGAAUAACUGUAUUUACGCCGUUGGUGGGUUUGAUGGAUCGACAGGGUUGAACAGUGCCGAAAUGUUUGAUCUCCAAACAGGAAAAUGGCGUAUCAUUUCUUCGAUGUCGACGAGACGCAGCAGCGUAGGCGUGGGAGUUCUGUACGGCCAGCUGUUCGCUGUAGGAGGAUACGACGGAGCUUCUAGACAAUGUUUGAGCUCUGUUGAAUGUUACACGCCGGAGACUGAUACUUGGACGACUGUACCGGAUAUGUGUUGCAGAAGAAGCGGUGCUGGUGUAGGCGUCCUGGAGGGCAUCUUAUACGCCGUAGGCGGCCACGACGGCCCGCUAGUUCGUAAAUCCGUCGAGGCAUACGACCCAGCCAAGUGCAAAUGGAUGUCCGUCACCGACAUGGCCCUAUGUCGGCGGAACGCGGGCGUCGUCGCCAUGAACGGCUUGCUCUACGUGGUAGGCGGCGAUGACGGAUCCAGUAAUCUGGCGUCCGUGGAAGUUUACAAUCCCAAGACUGACUGUUGGACGAUGCUGUCCAGUUGCAUGAGCAUCGGUCGCAGCUAUGCGGGAGUGGCGAUCAUCGAUAAGCCGAUAUGAAGGUUGCCCAGUGCUGGUAGCGGUGGAGAUACGGGCGAUAAAUACAUUGACGAAAGCAGCAACGCCGAAGGCGCCGUAGGUUACGAAACCCAGCAAUUAGCAUCUCUAUACCAAGAAAACAUUUACGAAAUGAUAUGUAAUGACCCCAGCAACCCCAACGCCAGCAUUACCAACAACAACGUCGAAAAUCACGCCAUCAACGAAAACAUUUACGAAACGAUCGAGGAUCUCAGAGGGGCGGCUAAUCCCCACCAAGUAGUAGUAGUAGAAGAACCUCCGUACGAGGCGAAUUCGGAUCAGCCGAGCUGCAGCAAUUCGUAUUGCAGGAUCGGCAACGCGUACGGUAGAAUGGACAUUAUUGGUCACGGGAUCGGGCGUAUCGAACGCCAUCUAUCGUCCUCUUGCGGUUCCAUCAACAGCAACCAUUACGCUAUCGAGAACCUGUACGGUACCAAAGACAAUUCGGGGCGUAUCAGUAAAGUUUCCGUGCAGUGGUUGCUGGCCAACAAAUGGUUGCCGUUGUGGAUCGCGAAUACCGACUCCGGGGGGAGGGAUUAUAGGAUUAUCGAUUUUUUGAUCGCGCAGGGGUUGGAGAACGGCGAAGACGACGAUGAGGACUUGGGACCGCAAGGGGAGGGCAAUGGAGGUAACAACGUUAAAGAACAAUAAUUAUUUUAUGGGAAACGAUGUUUUUUUUUAUUAGUUUUGGAAGAUUUAAUCUAGUCCGGUUUAAGUCCAUAUUUAUAAACUAGACUUCGCCAAGUCAGACUUAGUUGCAUUCGUUCUAGAAUGAGAAUAAAAUGUUGAGUAUAUCACGAGCAUUUAGAGAUGGGCAAUAACAGAUUUGUUGUUGUGUGUUUUAAUAAGCUGAUUUCUUAUAAUCAUCGAAAUAGAAUGAAGUAGAACGACAUAAAAGAUAUUUUGCAAUGUGACAGAAGGGCGGACUUAGCGAUGCCAAGGGCUGACGGAAAAGUGUAAUCAAAAUGACGGCUUUGAUUUAUUUGAAGUCAAUAAUUUUAUAUUUGAAGUUGACGGAAUGAAAAUAUUUUUAUAUCAUUUAAAUGAAGCUUUAAAAAGAGGCAUUUAUUCUCACAUGACGUAAAAAUGUAUAGUAUAGUCAUAGCAUCUUCUGUUUAUUAUAUCUCAAUGGUUAUAAUGAUUCUUUGCGUUUUUGUCCGAUGAUUCUAGAAGUUCUCCGAUUCUUUAUUUCAGAUGUAAUUAAAGUAUGUAUAAGAAUGAAAAUUAUACAAAUAUAUUUCGCUUUCGGUGUUUAAACCAUCAUCGGAACACUGCAAAGAUUAACCUUAUGAUUAAUAAAAACAAUUAUUAAACUUACUCGUCAAAAACAUAGGAAAUCAUAAAAAAUAACAGGUAAUCGAACGAAAAUAUUGAUUCACAACUUCAGCGUCAUGAGCCAAGCACGUAGCUCCGCCACGUAGGUAAAAGGCAAAAUGCAACAAGUGGAAAUAAUGCAAAGAAAACAGUUUUAUACUAGACUUCUUGUCCACCCAAAAAUUAGUAGAGUUUGGAGUGGGGUGCCUUUUGGGGGCGGAUUGAAUCUUGAAAGCUGAAACCAGAUCAUUCCUUCCAACUAACAAAGGAAAAACAGCUUGGGUCACUAAAUUAGGAAUCAUUGAAAAGAGCUAUUAUCUAUGUUAAUCUUUGCAGUGUCCCAAUAAUAGCUUAAACGCCGAAAACGCUCGACUUUAAUAAACAAAGAAGUUUAGUUCUUAUACACACUGUAAAUAGACAUUCUUUAAUUACUUAUUAUCCAGUGUGUACACACCUCAUACUUUCUUGAAUUCUUUAUUUUAGAUUUAUAGGUUGUGUUGUACAAUGUACUGACAACAUUUCCAAAUUAUCUUUAUCUCAGAAAAUAAGAGUGCACACUACUCUUGACUAAUGCCAAAGUCUGCUGUGAGAGUGAUGAAAUUAAUCUUAAAAUAAAUUUUCAAAUCUUUUGGUGCGUUUGAUUUGAUCAUCAGAUAUCUCUGACUGCAUACUGUUUGAAUUGACACUCCUAGCGAUCCCAAAAGUAUUUGUCUCGCUUUGGAGUGAGAACAAAGAGCGAGCUCGACAUUUUCAGAGCAGAAGGAUUGAGAAGACAGAGAAAUGUGUCAUUGUCAAAAUUUGAGAUUCGAGUGUGCAGUCAACAAAUUAUUUAUCCGAUUUUGAAUAGGUAAAAUUAUUCAUCAUAAAAAAAUAAAAUGUGUUGGGAAAAUACAUUUUCACUGCUCAGAUAUCACCAGUAAUCACAGUCAUUGAGUUUGAAAGUGAAGCGGACAUCUGUGGUAUAUGGAGAAUUUCAAGGCCAUUGCCCCUUAUUAUUGAAACGACCCAGGGUUAUAUAAAACAACUUUAUUUUAAAAUGUAUAUAAUUAACUCUUUUUAUAAUUCCAAACAUCAACUUGACUGAUCCCAACUUAUCUGCCAGAUCCCAUUAAGCUGGGUUCAUGGGCACUGGCGUAACAUUAUUUAAAAGUUUUUCCAUUUUCUUCACGUUUUACUCACUGUUUUGACACACAAACCAGAAACAAGAAUCGCAAAAAACGAGGUUAUAUAUUUUACUGUUUUAUUUGAUUUGAUUCAAUGCUCUAUUAGGCAUUCCAAACAAAAUGGUUUUGACAGGUUCUGAUAUGGCAAAAUUAUGGCAACUCGACAGAGCUGGUGAUUUGACAAGGUCAAUGAAAUAGAUAGUUACAUAGAUGGAUCAUCCAUAUUUUUCAAAAUAAACAUAAGCUUAUGCCUUGAAGUAAAAAUGUAGGUAAUUUAUUUUUUACUAUAUUCAAAGGCUAAAUAUUGGUUUCUAAACACAUUUUUGCAAAAUCGAUUCUGAUUAAUGAGCACUUGCGAAGCAAUAUGGCCGCUCGCAAACGACCCGCUUUGAGCAAUCUAUAUAAUUAUAUAUGUAUCAUUGACCCUGUCAAUGACAACAGGCUCACAGGGUUGCCAUAUGUCAGUUCCCACUUGUCAUCAGUUUGACAGGUUGUUGGAAUGCCUAAUGCGCUAGUUCAGUGAUGAUGUAAUUAUGGUUCCAUUGUCAAUUAAAGUGACAGUAGAUUUUUUGAGUGCGUUUUGUUCGUUUUGUUUACCUAAAUUAUAUCGUUUUUUCACUUUUAUAGAUAUAUUCCUAAAGUAAGUAGAUAACAUGCAUCAAAUAUACAAUCGUUUAGUUACCAAUUACGUACCUUUCAACUAUUUUUAAUGACCUGUAAACAAUUGCCGUGUUUGAGAAUCCACAUCGGAUGCAUUUUUUACAUCUCGAGCGUUUUUCUAUCCAUAUCGGACACAUCUGUCACAUUACAUUUACGUAUACUGAAUCACGUGAUCAAAGAUUUACUACAUCUCAGAUGCAUCCGAUGUGGAUUCUCAAACGCGGCAAAUAUUUAGAAAUAAACUUAAAUCAGUAAAAACGUAUAUGUCAAAUUUAUUGAUGUUUUUGUUAAAAGUUUGGUUAGAAUUAAAUGUCAGAGGAACCAAAAUGACAUCACACUGAACUAGCGCAUUAUCACUUCUCGGAACUCACUCGAUCGAGUUUCAAAUCAAACAAUCCUUUUAGGUGAAGACUGACGUGACUUGUCAAGUCACGCUCAACGGCUAGCAAAACAAAAUUGGCGACGAGAAAUAUUCGGUUGAUUCUUGUAUUAACUGGCGCGAAAUAAACGACUACUUGACAAAUCUGCUGCGCAAUUUUCAUCUGCAAUUUUGUACAGUACUAUUUGUUUUGUUACGUUUAGAAAUCUGUUCAUCUGUCCAUAUCUAAGUUCUAGUGCAAUACUCAAACCCCAGAGCAGUUAUAACCGAACUUCCAUUUUUGUUCAAGAAUGAACUCCGUCAAGUCUGACUUCGCAAAGUUUGGUUUAUUAUGCUCAGCAAAAAGAUAGCUGUAUUUAUUUCAAGAUAAUAGUAAUAGUAAAACAAAAUCAAAAUACAAGAGAAGAUAAUUUUUUACGAAUAAAAGACAGUAGCGUAACACUAUUACAUAAUAGACUAAGUUAAAAAAUAAUUACCAAUAAAUAAGAAAAACCUUUUUUUGUAAAUAUUGUUAUGUUAUUGUCUUCGAGGAUUGUUAAAAGUUACAUCUGAUAGAUCUGAUAUUUCAGAACGUAGUAUUUAUUUAAUUUUAUACAUUAUUUUCCUAGAAAUUGUUAAUACAAUAAGAUGAAAAAGCUGUGCGUUAAGUUUUAAUUGAUAUUUUAUAUAUGUAUUAGUAUAUACGGAUUGUCCCUCGGGAUUGCGUCAGAAACUCUAAUCGGAGUAAAGUUAUUGACGAAAUUUUGCGAAAUUCGAAACCGUCGUCAUAUAAUAGAGUAGGAUGAAAAUUUGAUUUCCUGUAUCAGGCCGAGAGUCUCAUUUUCGUUGAAAAGACUUAUAUAUUUUACAAGUAUGUAAUUUUUAAGGAAUGAAUUGUACAUUAUUAUUUUCUAUUUGGGAAAAAUAAAAAGUUUAC